UGACGAGUGCAUGCCUCCACCGCCGGCGGCGCCGAGAGUAUCGGCGAGAGGCAACUUGCCUCAGGCAAGCAGUCGAGGGCAUCUUGCAGCUGCAGGAAGGCCAAACGACAGAGAAUUUCUGGGCGCUCCAGGUGCUGCAAGUUGCAGCCUGCAACGAGAGUUUCACUGUGAGACACCGUGUCUGAUCGAGAAGCAAUUUAUACCGCUGCGCCGCACGGUGUCGUCACAGCAGACCUCCUAUGAUUGGACCUAUCUGCGCUGGCAUCGCAAAUAGCAUCGACUCGCAAUUUAUCGGUUAUCGUUGCUGCUGGCCCUGCAUGGUUCCUAGGAUGGCUGCACCUCUCGCCGAUGGCUCCAGCUUUUUAGAACGACGCGUGUACCCAUCGACUCCAUUUUUUUGCAGCAUAUCCGUUGGCUGGGUCUCCCGUGCAGAAACCCGAUUCUGCGCCAAGUCCCUCGCUCGCCGUUGUUCAAUUUCAAUCGGACACUCCGUCGCAAGUGAAAAGAGCGGGAUGAUAGUAUCGCUGACAAGCUGUAUCCUCUUGAUGGAGUUGGCGGCUUCAGCGCUCGCCGUGAUUCACGGCAUGAAAAGUCUCCGCUUUGGAGACUUUCAAACAAGGGCGGACU